GGGGUUGUUCCUGAAGCCGCUUCCUUUUUCUUUCCGGUUGCUCCUACAGCCGUGUCGGGGUAAGAAAGGUCAUACGCGUCCCUCUUUCGAGCAAGGUUAAAGGCUCACGUUGUGCUUUUCGCUUUCCUCCCCAAAUCUUCCACAGAACCUCUCUUUGCGUAACAGUCAAAAUGGUACAUGCUGAAGCCUUUUCUCGCCCAUUGAGCCGGAAUGAAGUUGUUGGCUUAAUUUUCCGGUUGACAAUAUUUGGCGCUGUGACCUAUUUCACCAUCAAAUGGAUGGUAGAUGCAAUCGAUCCAACCAGGAAACAAAAAGUGGAAGCUCAGAAACAGGCAGAAAAGUUAAUGAAGCAAAUAGGUGUAAAAAAUGUGAAGCUUACAGAGUAUGAAAUGAGCAUCGCUGCACACCUGGUAGACCCUCUCAGCAUGCAUGUAACGUGGAGUGAUAUUGCAGGUUUAGAUGACGUUAUUACAGACCUGAAGGAUACUGUCAUUUUGCCAAUCAAGAAGAAACAUUUGUUUCAGAACUCCAGACUUUUACAGCCACCAAAAGGAGUUCUUCUCUAUGGGCCUCCGGGCUGUGGUAAAACCUUGAUUGCCAAAGCUACAGCAAAGGAAGCAGGCUGUCGAUUUAUUAAUCUUCAGCCCUCAACGCUGACAGACAAAUGGUAUGGGGAGUCUCAGAAGCUGGCAGCUGCUGUUUUUUCCCUCGCCAUAAAGCUUCAACCUUCCAUCAUCUUUAUUGAUGAAAUAGAUUCGUUCCUGCGAAGCCGUUCCAGUUCUGAUCACGAAGCCACAGCUAUGAUGAAGGCUCAGUUCAUGAGUCUCUGGGAUGGUCUGGACACUGACUACAAUUGUCAAGUGAUAGUGAUGGGAGCUACCAAUCGCCCUCAGGAUCUUGAUUCAGCCAUUAUGAGAAGAAUGCCUACGAGAUUCCAUAUCAACCAACCUGCACUGAAGCAGAGAGAAGCAAUCUUGAAACUGAUUUUGAAAAACGAAAAUGUGGACAGGCACAUAGAUCUCCUUGAAGUUGCUAGAGAAACCGACGGGUUCUCUGGGAGUGACUUGAAAGAAAUGUGCCGUGAUGCUGCACUCCUCUGUGUCAGGGAAUACGUUAAUUCCUCCUAUGAAGAAAGCCAAGAAGAUGAUGAAAUACGGCCUGUACAACAGAGAGAUCUACACCGGGCAAUUGAGAAGAUGAGGAAGUCAAAAGAUGCAGCAACCCAGAGUGUUCUAAUGCAUGUUAGUUUAGAUUAAGGCUGAGGGAGGGGAGUGUGUGCGUCUGUGUGUUCCAAUGUGGCCUCAUUCAGUGGCUUGCUAUGUGAUUUAAGUAGCAGAAAUGGAUUGGAAGCCUUUUAAUAAGUGUUUCUGGAAUUGUUUUUAUAUUCUGACAUUUAAGUUAUUGAAAUCUGGUACUCUUUCAGAACUGGGUAUGGCCUCAGUAAUAGAUCAUGGCAUGGAAGAAUGUAGUCCAGCUCAAAAGCAAAGUCCUGUUUCAUUAUUGCAGCCUUAAAAAGCCUUUGGUAGGUUCUGGUGUGGCACAUGGUUUCUAGGG